CUUUUUUGCCAGUGCACUGAAUAGUUUAGAUGCUAAAAUAAUCUCAUUUGGUUUCCAUGUGGAAAAUCCAUGUGGUGUGUCUCGGAGUGAAGUCUUACGGCGUACUUCAGGAAGACCUGACCCCUCUUGCGUCUCUCCUCCAAGCAGGAAAGUGCACAGCAGCAUCUGUGAUGGAAAGCGAGCGCGGCUCCGGCGGCUUGUCUGGAUGCAGUAAUGACAGCGACCGCAGGGAUGCAUGUGGAUGCUGAUGAUUGACAGGCAGUGACACACAGGAGUGAGAUGUGGUCGGCAGGGCCAGACAGGCCUCACACAUGCCUGUGAAAGCUUUCCCUUCACUGUAGGGCCCAAAAAGGAGCAGUCACCUCCCACAGGCUCUGACAGCUAGGGGCAUGAAGGGAGAUGAGGAGGACUAAGGAUCUGUGAGGAUCUGCAGGAGGAAGAGAGGUUUAGAAGCUGUAACGCUCCUCCUGGAAGACUCAUAAUUGACACCAUUAAUUCAUUACUCCUUACCAACGGCUGGUUUGCUCUCACCGUUGAACUAGACCGAUCUAACAUCUCUACUUCCAGGUCAGACUGCUCAGUGUUGCCUUUCCCCCACCCACCUAGAGUAUAGCCCUUGUCCUGAUGCUUGGAAGUUAGGCCUGCCAUUCUCCAUUCUCCACCCUCCAUCCAUCCCACAGGAUCUGCGAAAGGGACCUCACAUGUCAAGCUGGACAUUGGACAGGGCAACUUGAAGGAUCCAGGAAUACUUAGGGCCCUACCCCUGUGUGUGUUUUCCCACUGGUGUCUUAACGUUGAGAUGCUUAAAUUGAAAAAACAGCACCGCCUUCGGGAAAGCCGAUACUCUCAUAGGUGAGAAACUGCUGCCUAUCGUCAUUAUCUGCCCUCCAUCAUUACCAGGCUGGGAAUUUCUAAGGGCAACACCACCCUGGGUCUGGAUUCUUAAACACCUAUGUGGUAAAUAGAAUGGCCAUAACCUGCUUUGUUUGUCAUAUCUCUUGACUUCUCUGAUAUUAGAGGUAUAGACAGUAUAUGACCUCUGAGACAUAUUUCCUGUGACUGACCGAGCAAGUUAUGACUGUCCCAAGUACAGUAUAUGACUUCACAGACAUAUAUCCUAUGACUGACUGAAAGAGUUCUGACUGUCCCAAGUAAAGUAGAUGACCUCACAGACAUAUUUGCAUUGACAGACACUCCCAAGUGCUGCAUGGAUAUUUGAAUAUAGAGGCCCUGACGCCCCUCCCUCUAUUCUCCACACUCUUUUUCCACGCGUUCUCCAUUCUGCCUCAGAGCAGAUGGGCGUGCAGCUGUCACUGUAACAAAAAGCACUGAUAUUACGCUUUGCAAGCUUUUGCGUGCCAACUCUGCCAGAAGAGGGCAGCAGACACAUUCUCAUCUAACUUCAGGAGAAACCGCAGGCCUGGAAACAUAAUGUGCAAUUUGGACAUAUAUAUACACACCUGUAGCUGCCACACAUAAACAUGGUUCUUUCCCCCUUACCUUAAUGUCAGCCCUGGAGAGGUCGUCUCCAAGAUGGCCAAGAUGAGCUCGUCUAGGGUCACGUCGUCGGCCAAGGUCAUCCUGCUGGUGUGGAUACUGAAGAUGCGCCUCUUGGUUUUCUCGUCGAUGAGUGGUUCAACAGAUUUUGGGAAUGUAUCAUUUGUUGUGCCUGGUAUUCACCCCUACUUCUACAUUGGCUCUGAUGCUUUAAACCAUACGAAAGAAUACACCGUGGCUUCUGGCUCAGAGACAGCCCAGUUCUACACCUUGCGGACAGCCAAAGCGUUGGCGAGGACAGCCCUUGAUGUCCUUUUCUGCCCAGAGAUGAUGCAGAGGGCGAAAACAGAGUUUAAUGAGGUUAAGAUGAAAAAAGAUAAGUAGCUGAAAAGAAGGUUUCCCAGGGCCCAAAGACAUAGGUGGAGCCUCUCAACUCUGGGUAAUGCAAAUCAUUAACAAUAGGAAAGGAAGUUAGCCAAGCUUUGAAAGGUUGUUCUGAUCUUAAAUGGGACACAACGAAAAUAAAAUACUUUAGUAGUCAAUAUUAGUAAGAAUUUAGAUGAACUGUGGGAAGUAAAAUAAAAGAGGGUUUGAACAGAUGGAGAUCAAUACCAGACGGAAUACCAAGACUAAGAGUGGAAACAGUACAAAGCUAUGGGCCUCCUAUUCUCAUUCCAAGCAAUACCAAUACCAGGAUUGUAUUUUAAAAUAAGGAACACAAUUAUUUCAAAUUGUAUUUGGAAUUGCAGACAUAAAACUUGAAGAGUAUUUGAAGAGAAUCACAUUUUAAAACAUUACUUCAACAGAAAGAAGCAGAAGUAGGUGUCCCAAAUGAACAUAAUUAUUUUCAUGCAACACUAAUUCACAAUAAUGAAGUUGGUGAAUGGGACACAGAGGCUAAAUGAACUAAUAAACUAUAUGAAUUGGGCCAUUUAUAGGAAGAGCAGCAUGGAAAAAUAUACAGGGCAGAGCCAAUGCAUUUAAUAAACUGUAGUGAAUUUGAAACAUAUUUGCAAAACCCUAAACAUGAAUAGUGAAUGUGUAUAUCUCAGAGAAACGGCGCAUGACCCUGACUUUAUUCCAAACAGAUUUGAUCAAAAUCAUUUUAGAGCUGUGCUAACAAAGGGUUAACAUACUCUCAUUUAUUUACACACACAAUACAUUCAUUUAAAAUGAUAGCCUCCAAAUAUGUAUUUACAGGUGAGAAAUUAUCUCAUGAAACAUUUAGAAGAGGACAAAUCAACAAAAUAUUUAAUAUAGUAGCUGAUUCAAAAUAGAAACCAAGCUAAACAAAUCUAAAACUAUAAAAUAUUGCAAAAGCUCACCAUUGUAGAUAAUAAGGUUUAAGAGAAAUGGGAAAAAUAAUUAGAAAUGAACAUAUCAGCAGAAGUUUAGAAAGUCUCCCAAAGUGGAAACUUUAAAACAUGACAAUCAAAAUACUGGAGGGAAUUGGCUUAGAAAGUGAGCAUGGGAUAUUAAAGUAUGCCUUAUAAGUAAGGGACAUGUUACCCCUUAGCAGGGAUUCGUUUCUGGAGAGGAUGUGGGGAAGCAAGCAGCAGAUUAGACACACACCUUCUCUUUGAGUCCAAUAUUAAUACCCUUUUGGGAAGAGGUUGAGAAAACCUUAAAGUAUUAAGAAUAAAAAUGAAGUUAGCAAAUAUUGCAAUGAUAUAUGUGAAGUGCAAACAUGACAUGAAUUUUGAUUGACCAGUCUCUAAACCUUUCUAAAAUGUCUCCUUCACUGGAGGCUUCAAGUCUACCAGUUCCUUUAGGUUAUAUACUAAACCAUAUGAGUUGAAUUACUUUCAUCAACAAUACGUUUCUUCAACAGUUUGGAAGUUUAACUGAGUAAUCAGAAAAUGAACUAAAAUCAAAAAUGUGAGCAAUUAGGCAGUUUACAGUGUAGAAUAAAGAAUCAGUGUAGGGGUCAGAAUAAAGUCACUGAAUGGGUGAAUGGGUGAAUGGGUAUCCUCAGUAAAUCAAGCAUGGGAGGAAGGUACACAUAAUGAAAUAAUCACCAGUGCCCUUCAAAAGUAUCAGUUGUAAUUACAGUACAGAUGGUUGGAUGUUGGAUAUUCAUCAAUGACACCUUACCUGCUGGCACAUUACUAAUUAUAGGCUUCAUGAUAGGAUAGGGAUAGACAUUAUGACUAAUGCCUUAGUUGCCUAAAUCUUCAGCAACAUUUGAGAAAAAAGGCUCGGAAAUAUGGUACUUACCUGGAAGGGCAUUUCAGUUUUCUGCUUAGGCUAGUCUUGUUAGUAAUACACUGUCACAGACAUUUGGCUUUGCAUUGGCAUGGCAAUAACCUUUGACCCCUGUGAUCCAUACUAUUGCCCCAACUGUACAACUUCAUAAUGCCUCUUUAAAGAAGACAUCCCCACAUACAGCCCAUUACAACAUUAAACAGUGAAAAAGUGAGUAAAAUGAUUUUCUGACAUGCACAGAAUCAACGGGGAUGUGAUUAUUAUUAGUGUAAUUCGUUAAGAAUAAAUACAAUUAAACUAUAAUGAAUGACACAGUAUGAAAAUAAUUAAAAUGGACGAGAUAUUGGUUACUACAAUUGUUUUUCUUAGUUCUGAAUUGGUUGAUUAAAUCUGUAUGCGCCAACCACUGUGAGGACCAUGAGCUAAAUGAUCAAUAUGAGCAGUAGAGUGUGGUAAAGGAGUAGCAAGACAAUUGUUUAAGUGAACUGGAAAGUGUGUAUCUAAAAGCAUGGUACUCAUAUAAUAUGCAAUGCGCCAGGCAGAAAUAUCAGCACAUUUGUUCCCAUGCCUGUGUCUGAUUAAAUGAAGAGUUUGAACAAA